AUGGAAGCCCCAGGAAUGGAGGAAGGUGAUAUUGGUGACAAUCAUGGCCCGAGAGUGCCGAAGAUUCGGGCAUCCAAAGGACAAGUUGGAAAGGGCAGUUCUAGGAGCUCUGGAGGGGAAGGGAAAGAAGUCGCAGAUGUUGAAGAUGCUGCGGAAGGGCGAUCGGUGGGAGUGGAUGCGUUGGUGAAGCAGCAGGAGGGGGAGAUGGUGAUGGAGGAGAGGGGGGAGGAGGAGGAGGAGGAGGAGGAGGAGGAGGAGGAGGAGGAGGAGGAGGAGGAGGAGGAGAAGGAGGAGGAGGGGGAGGAGGGAGAGGGCCUUCCUGCUUCCUCUGCUUACUCCACAUCUACCUCUUUCCUACACUCCACCCUUCCUGCCACCGCUUCCCAUUACCCCUCUUCCUCAUUCCUACAAUCCACCCUUCCUGUUUACCCUUCCCAAUACCUCUCUUCCUCUUUCCCACACUCCACCCUUCAUGCUAUCUCUUCCCCUGAAGCUGCACUUGCCACUCUUCCUCUCCAUGUCAUGCUUCCGUCUUAUCCUGGUGUACUGCAAACCUCAGCUGCCGCACCAUCCCCUUGUGGUGAUACCAUGGGUCGCUUUUCUAUCCCGCAGCGAAAUUCACCAUGUGUUGGAAUUUCUGGGAAUGGGUUGCUGGGCUUUGGUGUGCCAGGAGCAGGUACAUUCAGGAUUGAAGGGUUGGGAUUCAAGGGCAUGGAAGCAGAUGGGGAGCGGUCCUAUGCGGUUGCGGAGCGGUUUGUUCAGCAGCUGGUGAAGGUUGAAGAUGCAAAUGAGGCUGGAGCGAGUGGGGUUUGUGCUAGAGAACGCAAGCAGGGAGCAGAGGAAGGGGACAUUUCUACAGAGGAAGGAAACAGUGGGAGCAGCAAUAUAGUUCGCACGGAGGAGGAGGAGGGUGUGAUGGAGAUGACGACGAGAAUAGUUGAGCAUUUUGCUGGUCUUGUUUCUCGUCAUGGUUGUGUGGCAACGGUGACAGGAAUGGGGGCAGCGGAUCAACACUAUCAGUUGCCUCACAGCCAUCUCUCACAAGUGCAGCAGCAGCAGCAGCAGCAGCAGCAGCAGCAGCAGCAGCAGCAGCAGCAGCAGCAGCAGCAGCAGCAGCAGCAGCAGCAGCAGCAGCAGCAGCAGCGUCUGCAGACACUGCUGCAGCAGAAAUUGCAUUUAAUGGACCAACAAAAGCAUAAGCAGCAGCAGCAGCAGCAGCAGCAGCAGCAGCAGCAGCAGCAGCAGCAGCAGCAGCAGCAGCAGCAGAAGAAGCAGCAGCAGCAGCAGCAGCAGCAGCAGCAGCAGCAGCAGCAGCAGCAGCAGCAGCAGCAGCAGCAGCAGCAGCAGCAGCAGCAGCAGCAGCAGCAGCAGCAGCAGCAGCAGCAGCAGCAUCUGCAGACACUGCUGCAGCAGAAAUUGCAUUUAAUGGACCAACAAGAGCAUAAGCAGCAGCAGCAGCAGCAGCAGCAGCAACGCCUUGCGUCAAGCUUCACGCGAUGCAACUCUCUUCACCUGAAGGCUGGAAGGAGUGGCAAAGCAGCUGCACAGUGUGCUUCUGCAGACCUCACAGCUCAACCGUCCCUCAAGGACGAAAAUAUGGAGCAGCAGACAUUUGGGAGCCACACCCUGGACUUGGAAAGAGAUGACACAAGGUCCAAGUUUUCGAGUCCUCCUUUGUCCAUGCCUCAUCUCGAUCCUGUGUCUCUUAUGUUUCGAAGCCAGAGCAUCUCUUUCCCGCUGGAACCACCAGUCGUAAGUGCUUCAACCCCUGAAGGUGUGAGCAGUGCAAGUGGUGCUGAUGUUGCUUGUGCUUCGGGUUCUGUGGGUCCUUUAAUUGUUAGAUCUACUGCUGGUGCAAGUGAGGGUAGUGGACAUAGCACAAUGUCAGCUGAUUACAAUGUUGCCAGUGAAGCUCGUGUUGCCGGUGCUGCCGGUGUUUCCAGUGCGCCUGAUAUGGUUGGGCUUGCAUUCACCCCAACCUGCUCUAUCAAAGAAGAUUCGAAUCGCUUCCUGCACAGGGUGAGGCGAUCACGCUCACAUGAUCGGGGGGCAAUGGGAGCCGCACAGCUGGACAGGGCAGUGUUGCAUGCACCAGCGAACCAACAAGUGAUGGCAACCAAGGUUAACGUCCAAGGGUUACCGAAUCGCCCUGAAGAGCAACCACGGGGGCUUGCUGGAACGCACAUGCCUUAUGAGUCGCCUCAAAAGCCGCCUAGAAGGUACGGAAAAAUAAUCCCGCAUCAACUGCUGCAGCAGCGAGAGGUGGAGGAGCAGCAAAGGCUGUGGUUGGACUUGAGGAAGAUGCUUCAGCAGAAGCAGCAGCAGCAGCAGCAGAAGCAGCAGCAGCAGCAACAGCAUGAGGAAGAGCAGAAGCAGCAGCAGCAGCAGCAGCAGCAGCAGGAGGAGAAAGAGCAGCAGCAGCAGCAGCAGCUGCAGCAGCAGCAGCAGCAGCAGCAGCAGCAGCAGCAGCAGCAGCAGCAGCAGAAGCAGCAGCAGCAGCAGCAGCAGCAGCAGCAGCAGCAGCAGCAACAGCAGGAGGAGGAGGAGGAGGAAGAGCAGCAGCAGCAGCAGCAGAAGCAGCAGCGAUUUGUGUCAAGCUUCUCGGAAUGGAUUUCUCUACGUCUGAAGGCUGGAAGGACAGGCAAGGCAGCUGCACGGCGUCAUUCGGUAGACCUCACAUGUCAACCGUCCCUCAAGGAGGAAAAUACGGAGCAGCAUACUCAGCUGCACUCUCCACCUGCCCCCGCAACUGCUGGAACCAACAACUUAACUUCUAGCCAGCAGCUGCACUCUCCUCCUGCCCCCGCAACUGCUGGAACCAACACCUUCAACUCUGGCCAGCAGCUGCACUCUCCUCCUGUCCCCGCAACUGCUGGAGCCACCACCUUCACCUCUGGCCAGCAGCUGCCUACCCCAGUUGUUCCUGAAAAUGACAGCCACCGCUACUCCGGAUUUGCCAACCCUUCACAGCAGGUCUUCAUGCAAUGCGACGUGGAUUCCGACUCUGAGGAGUACGGAGAGGGUGGCGACGAAUUCGAUGAGAUCUUCAACAACACGGCAGCGGGGAAUGCAUCUCCGGUUGUUGGUGCCAGCGGGCUCGAUGCUGCGGCAGCCACCUAUGCUGGUGUAGAAGGUACAACUGACGGGAUUGACAACGCUCCAGUGGUUGCUGCAGGUGAUGUCAUCACGCGUGCUGAGUUUGAGGCGUUGUCUGCCCAAUUCCGGAAGGUGGAGCGGGAAAAUGUGGCUCUAAAGAACCAAGACAACUACCUCCACCGCUUAAACCAGUCAGCUUCUCCCCGAACUGUUAGCCCCGCAGGUGAUGGGACCACUGCGCUCGAAGCAGCACCAGCCGGAGCAGUGGCUGUGGAUCCUGAAAUUGUGCCGCAUGUCUACUUGUCUUCACGCCUGGCCGUUGGUCGCACCAUCGCCAAUGCUUAUUAG